UUCAAACCACUUAAUGUGGGAGUGAAGUUUGCACGUAAUGACUUAAAUACUGUUUCGCAGUUUGAUUUGUUUCAGUUAAUUAAUUAUUAUUUGUUUUUGUAACCACGAAAUAUUAUAAUUGCUAAGCAAUAAUUUGUGUAAGUGAAGUUCAGUUCAAACGUCGAAGUUACUUCUAAAAUGGCACAGGAUGACGAACGGCUAUCUGAAAAUAAUGAGGCUGUUAAUACGAUUAGCGAAAUACCGGCAAAACGUUUUGGUUUGACAAUGGAAUUCCCUACGUUUAUCAUUAUGAUGGGAAUGUCAUUAGCUGGUACUGCAAUCAGCAAUAUAAUAUUGUACCGGACAUGCGUCCAUUCUCUGCACUACCCAGAAGACGAAUGCAGAUUAUUUCUAUCAAUAGACAAGAAGAAUACGACUAAUCAUUUAGAGGGGGAAGUACAGAAGUAUGCGACGUUGGUCUCGACUGUGAGAGGUGUGAUCGAGGCGUUGGUGCCAGCUUUCCUGUCUUUCUUCCUAGGAGUUUGGUCUGAUAGUCAUGGACGGAAACCUUUAAUUGUUUGGCCCAUUUUCGGUAUAACAAUAUCGUCGGGCAUGAUGGUCGUCUACAGUUUGAUGAAUAGUCUGGGCCCCUGGUGGUACAUUUUAGCCGUCAUACCAUACUCCCUCUGCGGUGGAUUCACAAUUAUGUUCACCGGCGCCUUCUGCUACCUAAGUGACAUCACCACGACUAAGAACAGAUCUAUUAGGAUGAUAAUGUUGGAAGUGGCUGUGGGCUGUGGCAGUGUGGUAGGGUCCCUACUGAGCCCAUACGCCCUGAGAGUCUUUGGGAAUGUCUAUCUUUUGUUGAUAGUUACAACUCUGAAUGUCAUAGCAUAUGUAUUUACAAACGUGUAUUUAAGAGAGUCGUUGACAGGAGCCUUGCAGGGUGGCUUAACAACGGUUUUAGAUUUCUUGCUAGUCAAAGAGAUGGUCCGAGAGUGUUUCAAACGACGUCCGAACAAUGGACGAUCACAAAUACUCCUACUGAUCAUAGCCAACAGUCUAUCGAUAUUCAUCCUCUAUGGAACUGUGUCCUUGGAGUACAUGUUCACGAGAGCGAAGCUGCACUGGACCAUGAAGGACUUUACGCAGUUCUCUGGCCUGAGUACUUUGAUAAGUUUCAUAGGAUCCGGUUUCGUAAUUGUGGUACUUCAUAGGCUUUUGAAAAUAAGUGAUUUGGCAAUUUCAAACCUAGCCUACAUAUCUGUCAUCGCUGAAUUUCUAAUCAGAACUUUUGCCACCGCUUCUUGGCAUAUGUACUUGGGCGCCAGUAUCGCUUCUUUCAAAGGUCUAUCAGCUCCAUUAAUCCGGGCCUUCUUGACAAAAAUCCUGCCAGUUGUGGAUAUUGCGAAAGUAUUUGCCUUGAUGUCUGCUGUUGAAGGCCUAUGCCCGUUGCUAUCACCCCUUAUAUACAAUUCGUUAUAUCAGGUUACUUUAGACGUAUUUCCUGGUGCUAUUUAUUUGCUCAGCGCAGCAAUAACGGCGACCAGCGUCGUUUGCGUCACAAUGGUGCAAUACUAUAGAUGGAACGUAUCUUCGCCGUAUCAACCUUUGUCGGCUUGAUACUGAAUUGCACGCGUAAAGGCAAUAUCCAUACUACGUGCCUGUGUUAUUUAUGGCUACUUAAAGACAAACAAUAAAGGAACUUGCAAUACGAUACUUAAAUUGUUUAAGAGUUAAUUGAAUCAAAAAUGUAUGUGAUAUGUAGAAAUAAGUAGUGAUAAAAGCUAGAAUAAGUUUUCUAGGAAAUAUGAUUUAAGUAAUACGCUGGUACGUAUUUGCUAUUUUUUUCGCCAAAAGUGCCUAAUUUUAAACUAAAGUAAGAAAUUAGUACACGAUCUAAAAUAUUAAAUAAGUACAUUGUCAAUGUGUAUAUUUUUUUACUUAUUGCAGUUGAAUGAAUUUACUAUACUUGGUAGAUGUACAAUAGUAUUUGGUUUGUUAUUUUUACGUAUUGGUUUUAUGCAAUACGAUGUGAUCGUAUAUAUUGUACCAUAGCACAUUUAUUUAUGGUACUAUUGCUAUACAGUGAGGUUUUGUAUUACUAAAUAAUAAAGUAUGUGAAACUA